UGUUGUAAUUUUUUAAGAAUUGAUUUUAAAGUCGAAACUCGAAAAUAACCAAAAUCAAAAUCCAAAUUACCAAACCAAAUGUGAAACCGAAACAAACAAAAUUGUAUUUAUUUGCAUUAGAUCAAUGAAAAGAAUGGCUUCCUUCAGAAAAUAUAUCGAUAUUGGUGCAAACCUAACUGAUGAGAUGUAUCAAGGAGUUUACCAUGGUUCAAAGAAACAUGAACCUGAUUUAGACAAGGUUUUAAGUCGCAGCUGGGCGGGUGGAUUGGAAAAAAUGAUAAUAACUGGAGGCAGUCUAGUGGACAGCAAGAGGGCCAUUGAACUUGCAAAUACAAGUUCUCAAUUAUUUUCUACCGUAGGAUGCCAUCCAACAAGGUGCAAUGAUUUUGUGGAAAAUCCUGACUUAUAUCUAAAAGGGUUGAAAGAUUUGAUCGAGGAGAACAGAGAUAAGGUGGUUGCUAUUGGAGAAUGUGGCUUGGAUUACGAAAGAUUGCAUUUUUGUGAAAAGGAAACACAAUUAAAAUAUUUUGAAUACCAGUUGCAAUUAAGUGGGGAAUACAACCUACCCUUGUUCCUGCACUGCCGGGCUGCUGCUGAUGAUCUAGUUGAGAUCUUGAGCAGGAAUAAGAUGCACAUAACUGGUGGAGUGGUGCAUUCCUUUGAUGGAACUCAGGAGGCUAUGGAGAAGAUUCUAGAACUUGACUUAUAUAUUGGUAUAAAUGGAUGUUCACUCAGAACAAAAGAGAACUUGGAUGUAGCAUCUAAAAUACCACAGGACAGGCUUAUGAUAGAGACUGACUGUCCGUGGUGCGAGGUGAAGCCGACCCACCCAGGAUAUGCCCAUGUCAUAACCAAGUUCCCCUCUGUGAAGAAAGAAAAGUACUCUGUGGAAUCUGACAAUCAAGUAAAAGGCAGAAACGAACCAGUGAAUAUUGUGCAAGUUUUGGAAAUACUAGCAGCAAUCAGGAAAGAAAACAUAGAUGAAUUGGCUGAGGCCAUUUACAAUAACACCAACAAAUUGUUCUUUAAAAAUAAGGCUUAAAUUUAAUUCUUUAAUAAUUAUAUUAAUAAAUAAAUUA